AAACUUAUGGUUAACAAUUGCGAGACAUUCAAUGGACCCAAAAAUGGUUACACACUAAUGGCUUAUGGCGUUUGGCGUGCAUUCAAAAAGGCUUCACUUAAGCAUUUGGAACGAGAGCUCAGUUAUGAUGAGAGCAAUGCAUUUAUUUAUCCACAAAAAUGGACCAAAAAUAACACAAAACCCGCGAUUGAGGCGAAGAAAAAGAAAAUACGAAACAAAAAGAGCUCCACUUUUACAGCACUUAAUGUUUUGGCCGAAGCGGCAGAAAAGGCGGUCGAAGCCAAUGAGUCUCGACUCAUCAAAACUACUGCCGACACCGCGUGUGUGGACACAACUUCUCAUUCAAAUAGCCAUUUAUGUGACACAAACAGUAAGAGUGCAGUCACUGGAGGAGACACUGAAUCGAAAUCACUUCAAAUUCACGGCGAUAUGUGGGCUAACUUUCUCUUCAAUACAAACCAUACCAUUGAUCGUAGCGUUACAUCAGAAGAAUCAAACACAUCGGCAACCAAUGCAUCAACACAUGAGAACUUGACGUUCAAAUCGUUGGACGAAUGGAGUAAAAGCAUUAAACAGAGCGGAAAUUGUGUGGUUUUGCCACAAAACGCUGUCAUAAUAGCAUCGCCGCCUAAAUUCACUCAUUGCACGAACGGACCGACUCUUAUUAAGCCACAGAUCUCACUGAAAGUGAUUUCGACGGGCAAUAACACGGCUUCAAACACCACAACAAACACUGUUUUCGUCAAUUCCGGCCAUUCAUUCACUUCAUCCGUCAUUUCCAACAACGAAAACUCGCGCAAAGAGUUGGUCAACGCAGACCCCAAACGACUGGUCAUCAAAUUGAGUCGAUGCGAGUCGUCCGGACAGGUCUGGAAACCGGUCACUAUUGUCACCACAAACUCAGCGCAGAAUAACUUGAAUGCAAAUAAUAUAACCGAAACGAAUCCAAUGAAUGGACAGACACUCGUCGGCACUACUGUUCAACAGUUUCAGGGAUUGAGAAAUAUUCCCACGAAUUGUAUUCCUGUGAAGAAGCGAUUCUUAAUACAAGGCAUUAAUCAUAACUCAAUCGCUGAACAACAGAACCCGACCCUAACUCACAACGCGAACGCAUCGGUUGCUAAUAACUUGAAGCAAAUGCCCCACACUUUUCAAAUUACAGGGGUCCAAACGAACCAAAACAAUAAUUUAAAAGUGUUUCGACUCAAAACGUUGGACCAGUCGUCCAAUGAAUUGUCUGCCACUCAAAGUCCUAUUGUUUCCAAAGAAGUUGUCACGCCUUUUGAUAAACCGACUACUAAUGGGACGGUUUGUCACGAUUUCGAGGACAACAAUAAUUCUCAAAAUUUUACUAAUUCUUAAAAACCGAGAUUUUUGUUAAAAACGAUUAUUAUUUGUAUUUUAUUUAAACUUUAAUAUUUAAAAACUAUUUAAAAAUUUUUAAUUUAUGUGACUUUCAUUAACUUUGAAUUACUUUUAAGCACAAGAUGUUUGUUUUGUUUUAUAUUAUUUUUUGUGAUAUUUUCA